CAUGUACUAUAAAAACGGUUUCUUUCUUAUGUUGUUGGUUGCUGCAGAAUCUCGUACUCUUAAACUGCAACUGAACCUAGUUCGUGCAACAAAUCCGUUUCCCAUUUUCAAAUCUUUCUGUACUUCUUCUAACUGCACAGAAGAAGAAAAGAAGAAAAUUGAACAAACCCAGGAUUUGUUUUUGCAAGAUAUAAGCAAAACAAUGGCUACAAAUUUGGAUGAUUUUACAGUUAUUAAGGAAGGUGAAGCUGAGAUUCUUAUGAGUAAGAAAAAUAAAGUCUUUUUCAAUAAGGCUCAGGUUAAUAACAGGGAUUUGUCUAUUGCUGUUUUGAGGGCAUUUAUAUCGAAAAGGAAGCAAGAGCAUGAAGAAUAUUUGUCAAAGAAAGCAAAAGGGGCAAAGAAAGCAUCUGAAAAUGAUACUUCUGAAAUGGCUGUGGAGGAAGUUGAUAACAAAACUCCACCAGAAGAUCAUAAGUCAAAUGGAAAAUGCGAGUUAGCGGAAGAGACAUCUCCUGGAGAAUCAUGCACUACAAUGGAAGGUUCAGUCAAGAUCGAUGAAGAAUGUGGUGCUGAUGAAGAGCAAGUUGAUGAUUCGGAAGGAAAAAGACCGGCAGAGCUGGAGCCACCUAGGGUUCUUGAGGCCUUGUCUGCUUCUGGUUUAAGGGCUCUCAGAUAUGCUCGUGAAAUAGAAGGGAUUGGUCAGGUUGUUGCUCUGGACAACGACCCAGCAUCUGUCGAAGCUUGCAGAAGGAACAUUAAAUUCAAUGGUUCCGUUGCAGUUUCCAAAGUGGAAUCUCAUCUUGCUGAUGCUCGUGUGUAUAUGCUAGAAAACCCUAAAAAAUUUGAUGUGGUUGAUCUUGAUCCAUAUGGUUCGCCUUCUGUGUUUCUUGAUUCGGCAGUUCAAUCUGUUGCUGAUGGAGGUAUACUGAUGUGUACUGCAACAGAUAUGGCUGUACUCUGCGGUUCAAAUGGGGAGGUCUGCUAUUCAAAAUAUGGAUCAUACCCGACGAGAGGAAAAUAUAUCCAUGAAAUGGCCUUGAGGAUCGUUCUUGCUUCCAUUGAGAGUCAUGCUAACCGAUACAAGCGGUAUAUUGUUCCUGUGCUAUCAUUUCAAAAGGACUUCUAUCUUCGUGUUUUUGUGCGCAUAUACACUUCCGCAAGUGCUAUGAAAGAAACUCCUUUGAAGCUUUCAUAUCUCUAUCAGUGCACUGGUUGCGAUUCUUUCCACCUUCAACCCCUGGGGAGGACCAUUUCCAAGAAUACUAGUGUCAGACAUUUGCCUGGAUACGGUCCUGCUGUUCCUCAAGAAUGCACUGAUUGUGGGAGAAAGUUCAUUAUGGGUGGCCCUAUAUGGUCUGCCCCUAUCCAUGAUCAAGAAUGGGUAGCUUCUAUUAUAGAAGACGUGAACCGUAUGAAAUCCAGCUAUCCUGCUUACGAACACAUAUCCGCUAUAUUGAAUACAAUAUCAGAGGAGUUGCCAGAUGUUCCUCUAUUUUUAAGUCUGCACAACCUUUCUUCAACCCUUAAAUGCACAUCUCCAUCCGCAGUUAUCUUCCGAUCUGCUGUGAUUAAUGCUGGAUAUCGUAUCUCUAGAACUCAUGUUUGUGCAAUAGGGCUUAAGACAGACGCACCAAUGAGUGUUAUUUGGGACAUAAUGCGCUGCUGGGUAAAAAAUCAUCCUAUUAAAGGUCAGCCGGCAGAUCAACCCGGAAGUAUCAUACUUUCAAAGGAACCUGUUUUGCAGGUUAAUUUUGCUCGAGCUGUAGCGUCUCUUAGCAAGGCGCAAGCGAAGAAGGUUGCAAGGUUUCUACCAAAUCCCGAAAGAAACUGGGGUCCAAAACUAAGGGCGGGACGCACAGUCACUAGCAAGCACAUCUCUCUGUUAGGUGAAGCAGCCCUUAAUGAAGCUCUUAACCAUGAACAAGAUAAUGAAGAAGAACCUAAAAGUAAGAAGCCAAAGAUUGAAGAAGAUAACAAUGCCACAUCUUAGCUCAUAAAUGAGAUUCUUGAAGUCAAUUUUUCAUGAAUUUCUACAUUUUUUGGUUUCUAAAGAAAGCUUAUUUGUUUUCAUCAAAUUUUGCAGAGUGAGCUGAGCUAAGAUAUCUUCUAGAUAAUGUGCCUUGUUGCUCAAUAAACAAUUUAAGUAAAUUGUUGUGGCAAAAUUAAGGCACAUAGCAUCAAAUUUGAUAUUUAAAUCUGUUUUUUUUUUUUUUGUUAUUUGGAAAUUGUAUUGUGUUGAAUAAUAAUUGCUUUUUUAAUUCAAUUUUGAUUCGGUGUUUCAUAUA